CCUGCUGAGAUUGCUUUUCUCACAGAAUAUGUAAAGACAAUGAGCCCAUUUGCAAAGGCGGUUGAUGUUCUUCAGGGAGAGGCCAGUGUACAGAUGGGAUGGCUGGUACCCACAAUAACACUUCUCAAGACUAAGCUCCAGCACAUUCGACUUUCCUCCAAGUUCUGUGUGCCUUUAGUAGAUGCUCUUCAAGCAGGACUUGAAAGGCGUUUUGGGCAGAUGCUUGCUGAUCCAGAGCUGAUUGCUGCUGCCAUUCUCGUCCCCAAGUUCAGGACAUGCUGGACAAGUGACGAAAACAUCCUAAAACUUGGCCUUGACUUCAUCAAAAGCCAUCUGAAGGAGCAAUCUGUGGUGCAUCCUAGUGACACUUCAUGUUCAUCAGAGGAGGAGGACUUCUUUUCCGUCAUCAAGCAGCGAGAUGCUCAAGAAAACUCCAAGCAGCUAGAGUCCUAUCUGGCCUGCCCAGCUGAUACCAUGGAUGUCCUGAAAUCCUUCCCAGCAGUGUGCAAUUUGUCACUGAAACUCAACACACCCCUACCUGCAUCAGCUGCCUGUGAGCGGCUUUUCAGCACUGCAGGACUGAUUUUCAGACCCAAAAGGGCACGCCUUGACUCAAAGAACUUUGAGAACCAGCUUCUGUUGAGGCUGAAUAAAAGAUUUUGGUAGUUUGAUGGAGGUGAGUGAAUUUCUCACAAAAGGAAAAAAGAUUCAA